GGAUUGAGUGGGACAAACUUCUGGAGAAUGUGCAUUGUUUGAUCAUAAGUGUGACAAAAACUGACAAGCAGGAAGCUUAUGUACUCAGUGAGAGUAGCAUGUUUGUCUCCAAGAGACGUUUCAUUUUGAAGACGUGUGGUACCACCCUCUUACUGCAAGCACUGGUUCCCCUGUUGGAGCUUGCUAGGGAAUACAGUGGGUUUGACUCAAUUCAGAGCUUCUUUUAUUCACGUAAGAAUUUCAUGAAGCCUUCCCACCAGGAGUACCCACAUAGGAAUUUCCAGGAAGAAGUAGAGUUUCUUAAUGAAAUUUUCCCAAAUGGAGCAGCUUAUUGCAUGGGGCGUAUGAAUUCUGAUUGCUGGUACCUGUACACCCUGGAUUUCCCAGAGAGUCGGAUAUCCAAUCAGCCUGACCAGACACUGGAAAUUCUGAUGAGUGAGCUUGACCCAGUAGUUAUGGACCAGUUCUACAUGAAAGAUGGUGUUACUGCAAAUGAUGUCACUCGUAUGAGUGGAAUUCGUGACCUGAUACCAGGUUCUGUUAUUGAUGCUACAAUGUUCAAUCCUUGUGGGUAUUCAAUGAAUGGGAUGAAAUCGGAUGGAACUUACUGGACUAUUCACAUCACUCCAGAACCAGAGUUUUCUUAUGUUAGUUUUGAAACAAAUAUAAGUCAGACCUCUUACGAUGAUCUGAUUAGAAAAGUUGUAGAGGUUUUCAAGCCAGGAAAAUUUGUGACAACUCUCUUUGUUAAUCAGAGCUCUAAAUGUCGUACAGUGUUCUCUUCUGCCCAGAAGAUUGAAGGGUUUAAACGUCUCGAUCACCAGAUUGCCCAAUUCAGUGAUUACAAUUUUGUUUUUACCAGUUUCACAAAAAAUCGCCAGCAACAGCAUAGUUGAUUAAGAAUGAAGAAAAAACGCAAAAAGAAAUCCCAUAUAGAAGGUGGUGGUUGCUUUCUAGUUAAUGAUUCAGGGGGCCAUGCUUUCCACUCCCACCACCUUGUAGUUGUGGAAAGCCCUAGGUGUAAUCAUAGUAUAACCAUUUUGAAUUGUAUGCAUUAUUAUAUCAAGGAGUUAGAUAUCUUGCAUGAAUGCUCUCUUCUGUGUUUAGGUACUCUAUGCCACUCUUGCUGUGAAAUUGAAGUGCAUGUAGAAAAAUCUUACUGUAUGAAACUUCACAACACUUGUAAAAAUGAUUCAGGUAGAAUUGCACACAGCAUAGUUUUUCUCCAGGUAUCACCAAAAAUUCCCCACAGACAAGGCUUUCGUCCUCAUUAGGCUUUAGCCUCCACCUGCUCACUGGGGACAGUUCUCUGUUAAAUUGUCACUCUUUUUCAUUUAUGUUCUGAUUUCAGUCUAAAACAGUUUUUGACAAACUUUUAUGAUUUCUAAUGAAACUGAUUCCUAACUAACAUGUCCAUGUUUGGAAAAAGUUCUUAGAACAGUUUCAAAUUGUUUUGCUACUACAAGUGGUGGCUGAUUUGUUUUUAAAUCAGACUGACUUUUCAUGCUCUAAUAAAGCUUACUAGGAAUUUGCUCAGCUGUACUGCAGUACUGGGCUAAUGCAUUGGUCUUUCACCUUUAGAAACUUGGGUCUCAGUACUAAUGCUGGUUAAAUUCACCUUACCUUAAUGCCUCUUUUAUCUCUUACCUCCACAUCCCUGAGUGUCAUACUGCUACACAAUGGCAGGGUUUGAAGAAGGUCCAACGCUUGAUAGGGGAAAUGCUGAGUCAGGAUGUAAAUGCUUUGGUGUAGUUGUGUGACAGCUCUGCAAAGUGCAAGCUCAUUUUGGCACCAGACAUUUUCUUUCCUAGUCACCAGUCAUGUCAGACUAAGAGGCCAGUGCUUUUGGGUGCUGGCAGGUAGAUCUAAUGAAGGAGUGGGAUUUGCCAGUCUGGGUGCGUUCAUUGAUUUGGAUUACUCUCAGUAAAACCUGUGACGUACCACUUCUGACUGUAAAGAGUGUUUCUAAACUGGUCCAGUGUCACUUCAUAUUGUUGUUCAAAGCAAAGCUAAUGCCUCUAUCUUGUGACAGUCCUGUGACAUUGUUGUGCAUGUGACUUAUGUUGUAUUUGAGUGUUGUGACUUCAUCUGUUGUUUUUUUUUUUCCUCCUACCUACUAAGGUGGUUCCUCUUAUGGUGACUUGAGGGCAUUAAAGUGAAGGCAUAGAACAAGAACUGUCUGGGACACCUGGACAAAAGUGAAGUAGAACGCUAUUCAUAGAGCAUGAAUAAGUGUAAUUCAAAGUCACUUUAAUGGGUAUUGACUAAAAUGCAGGCUUGAAAGAGCUGGCACACUUUCAGCUAUGUUUGCAAAUACUGGGAUUUUAACAGCUGUGAGACCAGCAUGUUAACUAUGAAAUUGAAAUUAUUUUUCCCCCCUCUUGUCCUAGUAAUGUUUUGGUUCUUUCUGGUUUGACACAAUGGUUUUUUUUGUUCCUUCCAUAUUUAUAAAUGAAGCACUUUUUUAGUGCUUGUAAACUAAAGUCCUCUUGGUUAGAAAUCAAGUGGUUGGAACAUGCU